AUGUCACGCAUUUAUAAUCGCGGAGACGUAACUAAGAAGAGCCUUGCUGUGCUGUUUGAAGGGUGUACGCGGCUGGAAGAUCUCGAUGUUAAUUGCUCGCCGGAUGCUGCCAUUCCCACGUCGAUCGACCGACUCACGCUGCUCAAGCGCCUGCGCCUCGUAGCAAGCGUCACGCGUCUUCCCGACACACUGACCUCGUUGCAGUCUCUCAGAACCCUCGUGCUGGACACCUGCAAUCUUGAUGCUUUGCCCACAGAUUUCGGCAAUCUGGUUUCUUUAACGUCGCUGGAGCUUCACCAGAGCCGCUUGGCGUCACUUCCGGAAUCUUUCGGGCAGCUUACCGCUCUGAACCGGUUUUCCUUGAGGAACUGCUCGACGUUGCAGCUGCCGGCCUGUUUCACCAAGAUUUCGUCUCUCGCCGACCUGGAUUUUCGAAACUGCAAGAUUCUUCUACCGCCGCAGGUCGGUCUUGGUCAACUGGGGGUACUCGAGACCCUCGUAUUGGUUGAAGUGAGCGGAAUGCGCGACUUGGUUGCGGAUGUGGAGCAUUUGCAGCGGCUGAAGACUCUAACCAUCCAGCGCUGCAGGGAUAUCACGUCUCUUCCCGUGUCUCUUCCCCGCCUGCCUGCGCUGACCGAACUCAACCUUGAGAUGGGACAACUUUCAGCGCUGCCCGAAGAUUUCGGGCAGUUGUCAGUGCUCCGGUCACUCGUGCUGGACAUGAUGAGCCUCACAGCCUUACCCGAUUCCAUCGCCCUGAUUACCACUCUUCAAAAGCUUUCUCUGAAUAAUUUUUGGCAUCUGACGAUUCUGCCCCAGGAGUUCGGCCAGCUGGUUUCUUUGGAAAAGUUGACCCUGAGAGGCCUUCAAGAGCUCACACAGCUGCCUGAAACAUUUGGGCAGUUGACAGCUCUCCGGGAGCUAACACUACUGGACUGUAAGCAGCUGAAGCAGCUCCCGGACGCCCUAUCCCAGCUGUCGUCACUCGAAGACCUCCAUGUCUACUCUUGCCCGCUCCUCACGGGGCUGCCGGUCGAGAUGGGAAAGGGCAUGCAUUCCUUGCGCCAUGUACAUCUAUCGGACACGGCACUCACCCGCCUCCCUCCAUCCUUCUCCGAGCUCACGUCUCUCGAAACGCUCACGAUUCGAAACGCGAAGCACUUUAGAGGAGCGCUGCUAGACGGCUUUGGGUGCUUGAAGAGCCUCAAGGAGCUGUCGCUCGACACCCUGCCACGCCUGUCCGCCCUUCCUGCUUCCUUCUCCGGCGUUGAAUCCCUCACACGCCUGGAAGUCGGCAAUUGCCCUAAUGUAACGGUCCUGCCAGAGGAAAUCGGACGGCUGAGGGCGCUCGAGGAGGUCAGGAUCUUUGGAAUGGGCGCUCUGAUGUUUCUCCCUUCGUCGCUUCUUGAGCUGCCCUGUCUUCGAUCGCUGAAAGUGCGGGCGUGCGGUGCGCUAAGGGCGGUUCUAGGGGAUGAGGAGGUGUACAUACGUACUGCCAGAGGCUUUAGGAUCACCACCGGCAGCACGAGCAGCAGCCGCGCAUUGCUUCCUUCCCUUGAGAGCCUUAAGAUAAAGGAGCUCAGUGUUGAGUCCUUUGGUCCAUCCCUUGGUCGUCUGUCCGCAUUGACGCAGCUGAAGGUCUCGAAGAUGAAUGAGCUAGGCACUCUUCCUGACUCCAUCUCUCAACUCUCGCAGCUGCAAAGGCUCAAAGUUGGCUCGAUCAGAUGUUUGAAAACACUGCCCGAGGCCCUUGGUGGGCUCGCAGGGCUCCGUGUCUUGCAGCUGGUUCAACUCAAUGCAAUGCAGCAGCUGCCCAAGUCUAUCGGGCAGCUGAAGAUGCUCGAGACGCUGGAGAUUAGCGACUGCUUCAAGAUGACGCAGCUUCCAGAGUCAUUUGUGAAUCUAUCCAAGCUGCAAUCUUGCUCUCUUGUCAAGGUUGGAAUCUCUGUAAUUCCAGCUGACAUUUGCAAGCUUUCUUCCCUUGAGAAGUUGCAGAUCGUGGGACUGACGCAGUUGCAGAGCUUGCCAAAUUCCAUCACUCGGCUGCCUAAGCUUGCAGAGCUGGAGGUGCGCGCGUGCAAGAAUCUGGCCCGACUGCCGCCGUCUCUCCAUAGAAAGCCGACGUUGCGUGAGUACAGCAUCUGUGAAUGCCCUUUGUUGCCACAGCCAGCCACGAGAAGGGUACCUGUGAGGAGAGAGAGGGGGGAGGGAGAAGAGGGGGAGGGAGAGGAGGGGGAGGGAGGAGAGGGGGAGGGAGAAGAGGGGGAGGGAGAGGAGGGGAAGCGAGAGGAGGGGAAGCGAGAGGAGGGGGAGGGAGAGGAGGGGGAGGGAGAGGAUGGGGAGGGAGAGGAGGGGGAGCGAGAGGAGGGGAAGCGAGAGGAGGGGGAGGGAGAGGAGGGGGAGGGAGAGGAGGGGAAGCGAGAGGAGGGGGAGGGAGAGGAGGGGGAACAAGAGGAGGGGGAGGGAGAGGAGGAGGAGGGAGAGGAGGGGGAGGGAGGGGAUUCGGAAGAGGAAGAUUGGGAGGAGGAAGGCGAUAUGGAGGAGGAAUGGGAAGAGUGGGGCGGAGAGGCAUGGGGGUGGGGGAAAGAUGAUAGUGGUGGUGAUGAUGAUGAUGAGAUGGGCAGUGACUAUGAUGACGGAGGCUGGGGGGAUACUAAAGUAGUGAUGAAGCGUAGGGAGUUCGGGCAGCUGGUUUCUCUGGAGAAUCUUUUCAUGAAAGACCUUCAACAGCUCACACAUCUGCCUGAGUCAUUCGGGCAGUUGAAAGCUCUCCGGGAUCUGAGAUUUCUGGAGUGCAGGCAGCUGGAGCAGCUCCCGGACUCCUUCUCCCAACUGUCUUCUCUCGAGCACCUGGAGUUUAACAUCUGCCCUCUCCUCACGGAGCUGCCAGUCGACAUGGGAAAUGGCAUGCGCUCAUUGCGCCAUCUGUUUCUAAUGGACUGCACGGCACUCACCCGCCUCCCUCCAUCCUCCUCCGGCCUGACGUCUCUCGAAACCCUUAAGAUUCUAAACGCGAAAAGCUUUAGGGGGCCGCUGCUAGACGGCUUUGGCAGCUUGAAGAGCCUCAAGGAGCUGUCACUCGUAACCAUACCUCACCUACCCGCCCUUCCUGCUUCCUUCUCAGGCGUUGAAUCCCUCACCCGCCUGGAAGUCGGCAAAUGCCCUAAUGUGACGUACCUGCCAGAGGAAAUCGGACGGCUGAGGGCGCUCGAGGAGGUCAAGAUCUUUGGAAUGGACGCCCUGAUGUUUCUCCCUCCGCCGCUUCUUGAGCUGCCCCAUCUGCGGGCGUUGGACGUGCGGGCGUGCGGUGCGCUCCAUGCAGUGCUAGGGGAUGAGAAGGUGCACAUCCGUACUGCCAGCGGCUUUAUGACCAGCACCGGCAGCAGGAGCAGCAGCCGCACAUUGCUUCCUUCCCUUGAGAGCCUCAAGAUAAAGGAGCUCAGUGUUGAGACCUUUGGUCCAUCCCUUGGUCGUCUGUCCGCUUUGACGCAGCUGAAACUCAUGGAGAUGGACAGACUCGAUUCCCUCCCUGACUCCAUCUCUCGCCUCUCGCAGCUGCAAAGGCUCAAGGUUCAUUCGGCCAGAUAUUUGAAAGCACUGCCCGAGACCCUUGGGGGGCUCGCAGGGCUGCGUGUGUUGCAGCUGGUUUACCUCUACUCGUUGAGGCAGCUGCCCGAGUCUCUCGGGCAGCUGAAGACGCUCGAGACGCUGGAAAUUAUUAAUUGCUUCAAGCUUAUGCAGCUUCCAGAGUCAUUCGUGAAUCUACCCAAGCUACAGUCCUGCUCUUUUGUCAGGGUUGGGAUUUUAACCAUUCCGAAUGACAUCUGGAAGCUUUCUUCCCUCAAGAAGUUGCUGAUCUUGGGAUUGAAGCGGCUGCAAAGCUUGCCAGAUUCGUUCACUCGGCUGCCUAAGCUUGAGGACCUGGAGGUGUGCGAAUGCAAGAAGCUGGCUCGACUGCCGCCGUCCCUCCAGAGAAUGCCGACGUUGCGUGAAUGCAGCAUCCGUGAAUGCCCUUUGCUGCCACAGCGAGCCACGAGAGGGGUACCUGCGAGGAGAGAGGAGGGAGAGGAGGCGGAGGGAGAGGAGGGAGAGGAGGGCGAGGGAGGGGAUUCUGAAGAGGAAGAGGGGGAUGAGGGAGGCGAUGUGGCGGUGGAAAGGGAAGAGGCGGACGGGGAGCGAAUGGAGGAAGAGGAGAGUGGUAGUGAUGACGAGGAUACUGGGCAUGAACUUGGCUUGGACAGAGACUUUGAUGACUACAGUGAAGGCUGGGGGGACAGUAACCUUCUCACCCCGUCUCAAUCCUUCUCACUGCUUUCUCAUUCUUUCCCACUCCUUCCUCAUUCCUUCCUAAUUCUUCUCAUUCCUUCCUCUCCUCACUCCUCUCACUCCGCCCUCACUCCUUCCCACUCCUUCGUCACUGCUAAUCACUCUAUCCUCACUCCUCACCCGAUCGCACCCCUCCUCCGUCCGUCGCACCCAUUCUCACUCUGUCACACCCGUCUCGAUCCGUUGCACCCCGUCUCAUCCCGCCUCAACCCUAGCUCCGCCAACCCUUCCCGUGUUUGCAACUUUGCCCCACCGCUGAUCCACGAGUUGGUCAGUGAAAACUCGCAUGUGCUGCUCCCCAUGCUUGCCUCUUGCACGCACUCAGUGGCCCUCCCCGGCAUUUCCUCGUGCCACGCGCGGCUCACCCGGUGGUUGUUGCUGGAGCAGUGGGAGAAGGAGCCCGAGAGGAAGUACAUGGUGGACGCGGUCAGCGGCGCGCUGCUGCACCCCUGCGCCAUGCCGUCCGUCGCAUUGCAGUACGCGAUAUAG